AUGGCUCCGAGCAAGCUUAGGAAGGCCAUUGGGGCCGUGAAGGAUCAGACGAGCAUUAGCCUAGCCAAGGUUGGCAGCAGCGCCUCCUUAUCCGACCUCGAUGUGGCCAUUGUGAAGGCCACCAGGCACGAAGAGUACCCGGCCGAGGAGAGGCAUAUCCGCGAAAUUCUUAGCCUAACGUGCUACUCGCGUGCGCACGUUGCGUCCUGCGUUAGCACCAUAUCCAGGCGCCUCAACAAAACCAAAAACUGGGUGGUAGCUUUGAAAUCACUGAUGCUGGUUCAGAGGCUGCUGGCCGAGGGCGAUCCCGCGUAUGAAAAAGAGAUUUUCUUCGCCACCAGACGUGGCACUCGCCUCCUCAACAUGUCUGAUUUUCGUGAUACGUCGAAAUCGAAUUCGUGGGAUUAUUCGGCAUUUGUGAGGACUUACGCAUUGUAUUUGGAUGAACAGCUUGAAUUUGGAAUGCAAGGGCGCAGGGGGAAACAUAGUGCACAUGCACAUCAUGAAGAGGAUGAAGAUCCGGAAGUUGGGUCCAAAGCCAUUGUUGUAAGGGGCACUCCUUUGAGGGAAAUGACUAAUGAACGAGUUUUCUCUACGAUUCAUCGUCUUAUACAACUUCUUGAGAGGUUCUUAGCAUGCAGGCCAACAGGUUAUGCAAAACAUAACAGGGUUGUCACCAUAGCUCUCUAUCCUAUAGUUAAACAGAGUUUCAAUCUUUAUUAUGACAUAACAGAAAUAUUGGGGAUCUUGAUUGAUCGUUUCAUGGAGCUUGAUAUUUCAGAUUCUGUAAAAGUUUUUGAAAUCUUCUGUCGUGUUUCAAAGCAGUACGAUGAGCUCGACUCAUUCUAUGGUUGGUGUAAGACGGUGGGAAUAGCACGCUCUUCUGAAUAUCCAGAUGUCGAGAAAAUCGCACAAAAGAAACUCGAUGUCAUGGAUGAGUUUAUCAGAGAAAAGUCUAUGAUGUCUCAAAAGAGUAGGGCUAUUGAGGCGAAACCCGAACCUGUUGAAGAAAAAAAGGAGCCAGAACAAAAAGAAGAAGAAGACAUGAAUGCAAUCAAAGCAUUGCCACCACCAGAAGGAUUUCCUGAAGAGACUGAAGAAGAGGAAAAGAAAGAGGAAGUGGAGGAGCCGAAAAAUGAAGUACUAAAAACUCAAGAAGUAGGUGAUUUGUUGAACUUAGGUGAAGAUACAGGAGCUACCACAGAGAAACAAGAAAACGAAUUGGCUUUAGCUUUAUUUGACGGCAAUCUCUCCACAUCUGCAGCUCCAACAAGUACAAUUCCCCCAUGGGAAGCCUUUAAAGAAUCUGGUGAUAAUUGGGAAACAGCCCUGGUUCAAUCUGCCAGCCACCUGUCUAAUCAGAAUCCAACCCUGCCGGGAGGUUUCGAUACAUUAAUGCUUGAUGGUAUGUAUAAACAAGGAGAAACAGCACAAGCAGCAGCUUCUUCAGGACUUAUAACCACUGGAAGUGCAAGUAGUGUUGCACUAGGAUCAGCAGGGAGGCCAUCCAUGCUGGCACUACCAGCACCACCAUCGGCCCAUGGUGGUGCCACCCAGACAUCCACGAAUAACGACCCUUUUGCCGCCUCACUUGCCAUAGCGCCACCACCAUAUGUGCAAAUGUCUGAGAUGGAGAAGAAGCAGAGAUUGUUAGUAGAAGAGCAGAUAGCAUGGCAGCAAUAUGCAAGAGAUGGAAUGCAAGGACAUUUAGCAAAAGUACAAUUUAACACUGGAGGUUACCAUUAA